CAAAUUGCAGCCAGCAGUCAGCAGAAAUAGCCUGCAGUACUGCAUUCUAACCACUGCCCCAUUGCAGCUCCUCAUAUCAUGCAAUCUUAGAAUCCUGCACCAAAAAAUCCUGUGUUAUAAAAUCCUAGAAUCUUAAAGGACUUUAGGGGUCCUUAAUACGAGCUGCUUGCUCAGAGAAGCAUUUUAAUGGUGGACCAGUUGAGGAGACCCAUUUCAUGUUUUGCUGUUGCCUGAACCAGAAGAGAAAACUGGCAUGUUGUAGUCAAAUUCAGGGAGAAAGCAGUUUACUCUUUCCAUUUCCCUCUUGUCACCUGCUAAAAGGGGAAAUUGUCACAACUCUUAUCAACAUCACUCCUGGUCCCAAAUAUUCCAAAUCAAUAGGUGUUUUAAGGAAUGGAAGCAAGUGGAACAUCAUUGGAAGUAACUCAUGAAUACAAAAAGGGCACUGGGGUGUAGAAUAUGGCAUUAACUCAUUUCAUUUAUGUAGAAUAGGCAAAUUGCUUAAAGUGAUUAAAAUAACCCACCCAUCAUUUCUUCAUUUCAUUAGUAAGACUAUCCUCCCAAUCGCUUGGAUAUGAGAGGAAACUGAUAGAAUUCCCUGUCUAUCCCCCACUUCUCUGGAAUAUCCCAAAUCAAUAAAUAUUGCAGGAAAGAUGUAUGGACGAUCCCUUCAAAAUGCUUUUGGAUGUGGCUAGCUCAGAUCCACCAUCUUGUAUCCAAGGGACACAAAAGAAUGUAUGGAAGCAAGUGAAAAGCUGUAUUGGGGAAAUAAAAUGAUAUUACCAGCAGGAUCUUCCUUUCUACAGUCCAAUGGGGAAAAACAAGUUUUCAACAUCUGCUAUAAAGAACAAUUUCUCAGCUGAAAUGCACAAUGCUUCAAUACAGGAUGGAUGUAGCACCUCCCAGUUACUGUUUUGUUGCAUUUCCACCAUCUACUAAAAAUGGCCAUGUAGUAGUUGGAAAAAAUUCUGCACGUCCCCGUGAUGAAGUUCAGGAGGUAGUUUAUUUUGCUGCUGCUACUUAUGAUCCAGGAAGUAAAGUUGAGUGCACAUACAUUGAAAUAGAUCAAGUACCUAAGACAAAUGCUGUUACACUGAGCAGACCUUCCUGGCUCUGGGGGGCUGAAAUGGGAGCCAAUGAACAUGGAGUCUUCAUUGCUAAUGAAGCUGUGCUAGCCAGAGAAGCAGCCUCUGAAACUGAAGCUCUCCUAGGAAUGGAUCUUGUGAGACUUGGGCUUGAAAGAGGUUCAACUGCUAAAGAAGCUUUGGAUGUCAUUGUCUCGCUGCUGGAAGAAUAUGGUCAAGGUGGAAAUUACUAUGAAGAUGGAAAUAUGUGCCAUACUUUCCUGUCUGCUUAUCUGAUAGUAGAUAGAAAAGAAGCCUGGGUGUUGGAUACUAUUGGAAAAUAUUGGGCAGCAGAGAAAAUUAUAGACGGAGUGAAGUGCAUUUGCAACUGUCUGUCCUUAACUACAAAAAUCGACGCAGAGCACCCUGAGCUUAGAAGUUAUGCAGAAAGUAAAGGAUGGUGGAGCACAGAUAAGGAGUUCAAUUUUGCUGAAGUAUUUUCCCGAGUUGAUGAUUGUUCAAAUUGUUGUUUGGGGAAGGAGAUCUUAAAAAAGCAAGAAGGCAACAUCACUGUGGAAACAAUGAUUGACCUAUUACGUAACAAGGCUGAUGGCAUCUCUGUGGAUUCAGACUCUUUUCUUACAACAGCAAGCAUGGUGUCCAUCUUACCUCAGAAUCUGACUUCCCCAUGCAUUCAUUUUUUCACAGGCACACCAGAUCCAUCCAAGUCUAUAUUUAAACCUUUUAUCUUUGUGGAUGGUAUGAAAAUGGUACCUAAAAUUCAAUCACCCAUUUUUGGUAGUGAAGAUCCUGUGAAAAAAAUUCCUCGGUUUCAGGAGAAACCUGAUCGCAGACAUGAACUGUAUAAGGCACAACAGCAGGCCCGAUUAGUCUUAGAGAGUGAUGAGGAAAAAGGUCAGACAUUAAGAAGAAUAAUGUUAAGCCUCGAAAAACAGGGCUUGGAAGCAAUGGAAGGCAUUCUCUCUAGCUCUGAGAUUCUUGAUUCUUCAGAAAUAGAAGACCUUUUUUAUGACUGUGUAGAUACAGAAAUAAAAUUCUUCAAAUGAAUGCCCAUAGACACUGUUAGCCUUUGCACAAGAACAUAGAACUCUUCAAGCCUUGAAAGAUAAUCUCACCAUAUUGCCGAAUUUGGGAGGAAAUAUUCGACUUUCUAGAGAAACUUUCCUCAGUAGCUGUAUCCAGUUAACAUCCUUUUUCAUUAUGUGUUGUCCUGUGUAUUUUGCUAAAAGAGAAGAUUCACUGAUUGGUUCAGUUAGUAGAUGCAUGCUGGCCGGUGUAAAACUGGAAUUUUUGUUUUAUUUGAGUGACAAAACUUUAGAAAUGAAUAAUUUUAGAAAAGACUGUAGAAAUCUUAAUGUUGUUUUCAAAUUAAUCAGGAUCUUUUGAGAACUUCCCUUCAAAAUAUUGAUUCACUUUCAAAAGAAAGAUGGUCCACUUUAUAACUUCUAAAUGAUAUUUUUGAACAGAAUAUGUGGAAAUGUUUUAAAAAAAAGGAAAUUCCAUUAAAAAGGAUAUAACUUUUAGCAAUGGAAUGCUUUCUCACUAAUGCUAGUUUAAAUGAGAAUGAAAUCAAUUUACAUAAACCUUAGAGCAGUGUUUCUCAACCUUGGCAACUUGAAGAUGCCCGGAUUUCAAUUCCCAGAAUUCCCCAGCCAGCAUUUGGGAGUUGAAGUCUGGACAUCUUCAAGUUGCCACGGUUGAGAAACACUGCCUUAGAGAAAUAGCCCAUCUAGUUCUCUAUUCCACAUUAUUUCAUAUUUCUUUGUGCUGCGUUUGAAACAUGUUUCCAAAUGUUUGGUUUAUCAUGUUCCCAAUAUUAUUGGAAAUCUGUUGGAAAGGUUUCAAGUGAGAUAGAAGGUGAGGCUAUCUUCUAUCACCUUUGUUUUAUGCAGCUAAUAAGUCACUUACUACUUUGCCAAAUAGCAGCAGUCAUUUAUAGCUACUUAAAAUAGUAGAACAGGAUCUAAUCCAGUAAACAAUUACCAUUGUUAUAUAAUUAUGAAUACUAAGAUAGCCUCAGAUGAACAAGGUUUGCACACUUUAAUUGACAGACACUUAAUGAGAUCAACAUAUUUGCAUUUGCAGCAAACCAAGAUUGAGUUAAAAUGUGUGGUAAUGACAUAAGAAACUCGCACUAGUGUACUUGCAUCUCAUUGUCAUAGAUAUAUAACUUGGUUUUUGUGUUAUAAUGCAUAUUUCCCUCAUAUCCCACAUUCACCAAUAAUAUAAAAUUGGAGUUACUUUCUUAAAGCAAUUUGAAAGUGAAAGUAUUAUUUACCUCCAGGUUUUUGCAUCCUGAAUCCAUUCUCGUAAAUUGCUUAUUGUCCAUGCAUCCAGAUAACAUUGGACAUUACCAAGUUCAUCUUGGCCAUCAGCAAGUCAUUCCUCCUACUGUUGACUUCUUAAUGAAAAGAUGGAUGUAUGGAAGAAAGUGAUUGUGAAAGUGAAGUCAUCAGGCAGUGACAGGCGGAUCAGAUUCUAAUCUCAAAACUAUGGUGCUAAUCCUAUAAUUGAAAACAUCAGGAUUCUGAUGUUAUAAACAUUUCCAACUAUCAACUUCCAACUAAAUAAUUGUGAUCAGGUCACAAAUGCUGUUUAUACUGUUAACUAGGGAAACUCAUAAAACAGAUGUCAAGAAUGACACACAGAUUCAUGAGGGAAAUAAUAAAUUUAAAAAUUAUGCAGGAAGCUAAGGAAAAUAUUUUUCCCCUGUACAAGGAAUUAAUUUUCAAGGGCCAGACUUUUUUUCUAGUUUUUCCAAUAUAUGUUGUCACUAUGGAGAUCUAUAGACUUUCCUUAGUGAAGCAAUGCAUCUUAUAUGGACAGUUUGUAUAGCUAUUAUUUUAUGGUUUAAAAUUUCAAAGAAUAAUGGCAUUAAAAGACAGCUGGAGAAGGGGAAAAAUCCAUAUGGUAAAUGCAUUGAUUUAUGGACACUUUCUGUGAAACUCCAAAUGUUUCAACUAUGCUUCAAGAUUUGAUCAUGCUCUCUCCCUGAGGAUGUGUUCGAAUGUAUAAUACCUGAUUGAAGCAGAAUUAGUACAUUUUAGGUAUUUCUUGUAGGAGGUUGCUAUCAGGAGUUUGGUGUCAUUUAGGAUAUAUGUAUUAGACAUUUAUUAUUGACCAAAUUAAUAAAUUAUUUAUGUGUAGAAAUAAUGUCUGGGUAGUAAAUACUUUAAUAUUAUUUUCUGAAAUGCAUUAGAGAUG